CAGUUGCAGUUGGAAAGUCGAGCACGUUUCGUGUGGAAAUGCUGUUGUGCUAGCUGGGUAUACUUGGAUACUUUCUGCGGUAUCGCUAUCACAGCCACAUUCAGUCGAGUGCGUGGUCGUGAGCGAAUCGGUCGAGCAAGUCCCGUCUCCUGGUGUGCCAAAAAGAUACAAAACCCAAGAAUAUCCCUGCUCUGCACACAAACAAAAGCGCAGAAAAUGUGCGAAAUUAGUAUGGAAUGUGAAAUCUGUGAGAAACCUUUAAGCGCGCCAUGAAAUCCCCAUCAAUCAUCAUCAUCGGAGGGCGAUCAACUUUUUUUAAAGUGUUUUUGAAGCGAACUUUUUGGCCAAGCUAUUGCAGGUGCCUUGGUCAAGUGCUAUAAGAGGAAAAAAAGGGAAAUUAGUUGCAAUGGAGCUAUACAAUAUUUUUAAAUCUGUGCAUACAUUAUGACUGCCUGUAGAAUAUGGAUCGCCGUGUAAAUAUAUUUUGAUAUUGUUGCAAAUAAGAAAGGAAUUUACAAUCAGAGCUAAGGAACACACAAUAGAGCGAAACCAAUUGCGAGGCGAAGCAAUAUGAGAAAUAAAUCAAUAACCAAAAGCUAACGAAAAGCAUUAGGUUAGAAGAAAGUCAAUGGCUCCAAAAAGUUGGUCGACUGCAUGCGAGCAGUAAAAGUUGCCGGAGAAAUUUUAUUAUCGACAAAACCAACAUAUGGAGGACCACAAGCAAAAUGCAAAACUAUGGAAUUGGACUUAAAGGAGGCUGAGUCUUACUAGUUACCUUCUGUGCCCAUACAUCUGUCAACAGUCUGGUGCUGUUGCUGAUUAUCGGAUUCCAAGGGUUAAGUAAGAGAUAUGAAGAAGCAAUCACGUAGUCGGUUGGACAAUCCAUUCUGCUUCAGUCAGGAAACAAACAUGAGCUUCCCACAGCCGCACACAUUGCCGGAAGCCCCAGCUAACGGUGGUAAAAUGCUGGUUUAUGGCCUGGGACUUCUAAUUAUGAUACCGGCUUGUACGGCUGGACCCCAUGAAAAGCGUCUGCUCCACGCCCUCCUGGACAACUACAACAGCUUAGAACGUCCGGUGGUCAACGAAUCCGAUCCAUUGCAACUGAGCUUCGGACUAACACUCAUGCAGAUUAUAGAUGUGGAUGAAAAGAACCAACUGCUAAUUACAAAUAUUUGGCUCAAAUUGGAAUGGAAUGACAUGAAUCUUCGAUGGAAUUCCAGUGAAUUCGGCGGUGUACGCGAUCUUCGAAUUCCACCACAUCGCUUAUGGAAACCGGAUGUUCUAAUGUACAAUAGUGCGGAUGAGGGGUUUGAUGGAACGUAUGCCACAAAUGUAGUGGUGCGCAACAAUGGAAGCUGUCUGUACGUACCUCCAGGCAUAUUCAAAUCAACAUGUAAGAUCGAUAUUACGUGGUUUCCAUUUGAUGAUCAAAGAUGUGAGAUGAAGUUUGGUUCGUGGACCUACGAUGGUUUUCAGUUGGACUUACAAUUACAAGACGAAGCAGGAGGAGAUAUUUCUAGCUUUAUAACAAAUGGCGAAUGGGACUUGUUAGGUGUGCCCGGUAAACGAAAUGAAAUCUACUAUAAUUGCUGCCCAGAACCUUAUAUUGACAUAACAUUCGCCAUUUUGAUAAGACGCAAAACAUUGUACUAUUUUUUCAAUCUGAUUGUGCCGUGCGUACUGAUUGCCUCAAUGGCACUGCUAGGGUUUACACUGCCACCAGAUUCUGGUGAAAAGCUUUCGCUUGGAGUCACAAUUUUAUUAUCGCUUACAGUCUUCCUUAACAUGGUGGCGGAAACAAUGCCGGCGACCUCUGAUGCGGUGCCGCUGCUCGGAACUUAUUUCAAUUGCAUUAUGUUUAUGGUGGCCUCAUCAGUUGUGUCAACCAUACUUAUCCUCAAUUAUCAUCAUAGAAAUCCAGAUACGCAUGAAAUGAGUGAAUGGAUAAGAGUAAUAUUCCUUUAUUGGUUACCUUGCAUAUUGCGCAUGCAAAGACCCGGACAGGUUGGCUACGAAUGUCCGCCGCCGCCCUCAUCAUCGAGUUCAUCUAAUUCUGGCGAGAAAAAGCAACAGAUACAAAAUGUUGAGCUCAAGGAGAGAUCCUCCAAGUCUCUGCUGGCCAACGUCCUCGAUAUAGACGAUGAUUUCCGAUGCAAUCAUCGGUGUGCCAGUGCGACUUUGCCUCACCAGCCAACUUAUUACAGAACGAUGUACAGGCAAGGGGACGACGGCAGCGUGGGACCAGUGGGUCCGGCUGGCCCCGUGGUCGAUGGGCGAUUGCACGAAGCCAUUUCGCACACCUGUCUGACUUCAUCUGCGGAAUACGAACUGGCGCUGAUCCUUAAGGAACUGCGUUGGAUAACGGAGCAGCUAAAAAAAGAAGACGAGACAAGCGACAUAACACGAGAUUGGAAGUUUGCAGCCAUGGUCGUCGAUCGUUUGUGCCUUAUUAUUUUCACUUUGUUUACUAUUAUCGCAACUCUUGCUGUACUGUUUUCAGCACCACAUUUCAUUUUCCCGUAAGCGGAAAUGCGGCGAAGGGGAAAUAAAUGGAGCAAAUAGUGACAGGCCACAGGAGUUUGUGGUUUAUUGUGAAGUAUAUGAAACAUGAAGCCAAUCAAAAAUAUUAGGAACAAAGAACAAAAUGAAUUCAACAACCCGAACCUAAGCUUUUCAAACUGAAAUACUUUGACAGUCAAAGAGUUUUGCUAUUUAACAUUUUUAUAUAUUUUAAAGAUGUGUCUGAUGGUUAUAAAAUAUUAUAAUGAAUUGAGAUAGUAACGUAUGUACGUAUGUGAAUGCAUUUUGUAUAAAAAUAAGAAAAGAAAGCAAAAAAAAAACCAAACCAAAUAAAAAAAGUCGGGAUAAUACAAUAACUUUCUGGGCAUAAAUGUACGUUGCCGUGUACAUUUUCAUUUGCCCAUUAGAUACAAAGCAGAGGUUUCUAAAUCCAAAUCGCGAAGCGCUCGUAGAUGCAAUCCACCUCCCUCUAUAUUCAAUCGAGGAGCGCCAAAACAUUUAACCGACUUGAGAAUGACAUUUAAGGAUAUACAUAUGUAUACAGCUUCACACUAUUGUUAAAAAAGGGAAAAAGAGCAAACAAUUAGUAUUUAAAUGGUCUGUAUGCAACAUUCAAAAAGAUUUUGCUGUUCUUUUUCAUUUAUUUGAUUUAUUAUUUGACCUUUCGUUCUCUCUUCCCAUGCUAUUCAAUUUUGAAUAAAAAGAAGAACUUUAUACAAAUGUGUUGCUAUGAUAUAAAACAAAGCCACAACAAAUGCAAAUUGAACGAAUAUAAAAGUGAAUAGUGAAAUUGUUCCGGAGUAAGAAACUACACUUCAAUACAAGAAUGUCAUUUAACUGAAAUGAUCGCACAAUAAAUUCAUAUAUACAAACGAGCCGUCAAAAUUGAACACACAGUUACACAACAGAGGUCACAGUUGUGAUAAAACAAAAUACUAUUGAAAAGAUAAUACUUGCUAAAUUUAACGAAUUGCACUCUGCAAAUAAGCAAAAACGAAACAUGACAUUUCGUAUACAGAUAAACACUGAAUGCAUUUUAAGAAGAUAUGCGCAGUACACAGAAAAUGGGAAAAUAUUUGCUAGCCAUUAGAAAAGACAAAAAAAAACUAUAUAAAUAAUAGAUGCCAAUAACUAUAUCACACCCAUUUUCGUCAAGUCUUUCCUGCUGAUUCCUCAGCGGUUAAACGGUGCUUCAAUAUUAACGGGUGCUUCAAUAAUAGGCGCCAAAAUAAUUUUAUCCGAGUAUAGUGAAUUGGCAAAAUCAAGAAAUCAAAAGGGUUUGUAGAAAGUUAGAGCAUGAGUAAAGCUAUAUAAAUGGUAGUGUAGCCAAUUAGGAGUCCAAUCAACUUCAGCCAAUUCUAGAAUCUUGAAAUUCGCCUUCGUAAAAUGGAAAAAUUUAUCGGCGACUAUAGCAUUUGUAGGCUCUGCAGAUAUUUGUAUCGCUUAUAUGCCUGUUUCAGCCAGAGUUUUCCUCCAGUGAUAAAUUGCGGAUUGAUUUUCUAAAUUAAUUUUCACACUUUAAAAGGGUCUAAAAAAGUGGGACUACUUUUUCGCUAGCAAACAUGUUUUUCUAUCUGAGUACUGGACUUUAAGGCGAACGAGCAUAACUUAUCUUUAAAAAAGCUAACAUAAUUUGAAAAAAACAUAAGCUAAAAUUGUAUGAUAAUGUUAAACACAAGUAUAAAGUUAACUAUUUUUAAAUGGAAAAAAAAAGAGUGUCAAAAGCAACGAAAGCCGAAUAUAAAGAGCGUUAAACAUAGAUAUUUCAAAAGAGUAUAGUUUUCAGAGAGAAAGGAUCGCAAAUAUUCAUGAAUACGAAAGAAAAAUAUAUCACUACAGUCAAGCUUCAAUAACUCAACCUUUCCUAGCUCGAAGUCUCUAUAAGUCGAACUAGUUUUAUUGGCAACGUAAAUUUUAGAUACACACGUCAAAUCAAGUCUACACAUUAACCACCCCCAGUCUCCAUAACUUCAAUUUUUUUUGUGGCGGUUGGUGGUCUGUGUUAUCGAAGUUCGACUGUAUCUUUCAAUUCCCAAAAAAAAAGUGCAAGCUAGAAUACAAGUUAGAUUUAACACAUUUUUAAA